AAAAGUUCAUUAUGGUGAGGUAAUUAGUCAUUUCAUUUUUCAACAACCGACACAUUCUCCGUAGCUUCUACUCAACUACGCACAUUCUUCAUCAAAUCACUGACUCGCUCGCACUCCCACUCACCUUCUCCAACCGAGUCUCCUCAACCGAGUCGUCACCAACUCAGUUACUUUCAUAGUUAUUAUUGUUUCUCUACCACCACCACCGGGUUACUCACUCACUAACCUCCUCGCUCAACUCAAUUUCCGCCGUGGCUCACAAACCGAUACCGAUGGAUUCCUCCUCCGACGAGGACGACGACCACCACACCCUCAUCCACCAGAACUCCACAAAACCCCGAACUCCUCCCUCCGCCACCGCCACUUCCGCCGCAGCAUUCCACGUCGAAGAUCUCAACUCACGGUUCCGGCGAGCCAAUUGCAAGCUCCAGAUGAGGUACAUUAUCGCCAUUGUUAUUCUCCUCCUCGUCGUUUUACUCCUCUUCUCAAUUCCCAAUCUCCGGCAACAAUUCUCCACUGCCACAUUCAUCUCCGAUUCCGUUUCCGAUCGAAUGAAGGAAUCGGAAUUACGCGCCAUUUACCUCUUGCGCCAACAACAACUAUCUCUCUCAACCGCCUUCAAUCGCACUCUCCAAACCAAUUCGGAUCCGAAUCAUAACCCGAAGCUAUUGGAAGAUCUGAAAUCUGCACUGUUCAAGCAAAUUUCAAUCAACAACGAGAUUCAGCAGAUUCUGUUGAAUCCGCAUAAGACAGGGAACGUGAUUGAUCCUGAAUUCAAUUUCGGAAAUUUUGAUUUUGAUAUUGGAAAUUAUGAUAGAUGUAGAACAGUUGAUCGGAAUUUAACAGAGAGAAAAACCAUUGAAUGGAACCCUAAAGAAGGGAAAUUUUUGGUUGCUAUUUGUGUUUCUGGUCAAAUGUCGAACCAUUUGAUUUGUUUAGAAAAGCACAUGUUUUUCGCCGCUCUUCUUAAUAGGGUUUUGGUGAUUCCGAGUUCGAAAGUUGAUUUUCAGUAUGAUAGAGUUGUGGACAUUGAUCACAUAAACAAAUGCUUAGGGAAAAAAGUUGUUAUUUCUUUUGAUGAAUUUUCUAAUGUUAAGAAGGAUCACUUGCACAUUGAUAAGUUUCUUUGUUAUUUCGCUUUGCCUCAACCUUGUUAUUUGGAUGAUGAAAAGUUGAAGAAGUUGAGUGGGUUGGGUUUGUCUAUGAGUAAACCUAAGGCUGUUUGGGAUGAUGAGGAUACUCGGAAGCCGAAGAAGAAGACUGUUCAAGAUAUAAUGGCUAAGUUUUCUUAUGAGGAUGAUGUUAUGGCGAUUGGGGAUGUGUUUUAUGCUGAUGUGGAGCAUGAAUGGGUUAUGCAACCGGGUGGACCGAUUGCUCACAAAUGCAAGACUCUGAUUGAACCUAGUCGGCUUAUUUUGCUUACUGCUCAGCGUUUUAUUCAGACAUUCUUGGGAAGGAACUUCGUUGCGUUGCAUUUUCGGAGGCAUGGGUUUUUGAAAUUCUGUAAUGCUAAAAAACCAAGUUGCUUUUACUCCAUCCCUCAAGCAGCAGAUUGCAUCUCAAGGGUGGUUGAGAGGGUCGAUGCACCCAUCAUAUAUCUUUCUACGGAUGCAGCUGUAAGUGAAACUGGUCUGCUUCAGUCACUGGUUGUGGUGAAUGGCAAGUCUGUUCCACUUGUAAUUCGGCCAGCUCGUAAUGUAGCCGAAAAAUGGGAUGCUUUGUUAUAUAGGCACCAUAUUGAGGGAGAUUCACAGGUGGAAGCUAUGUUGGACAAGACUAUUUGUGCCAUGUCUAGCGUGUUCAUCGGAGCACCUGGUUCUACUUUCACCGAAGACAUCUUGCGGCUGAGAAAGGAUUGGGGAUCAGCAUCACAGUGUGAUGAGUACCUUUGCCAAGGUGAAGAACCAAAUUUUGUUGCGGAAAAUGAAUGAAGAUCGAAGAUAAUGACAGUUUCCUUGUGCCUUGGCUCAGGACCAAACACAACUGUCCUACCAUAGGUUUGAGUGUAAUUUGGCCAAUUUGAGUAGUCAUGUAUGAUAAUAGCAUUAGCAAUUGUAUUGAUGAGUUUUACUUGUUCUACAUAAUUCUUUUCUAACAGUGAUUGUAAUUUGUAAAAUAUAUAUACACAUUGAUCCUGAAUUUUUUCACACAA